AUGCACCGACAGAAACCGCCCAUAAUUCACAGAGAUCUCAAGGUUGAAAAUUUACUAAUAAGUUCCAAAGGUAGUAUUAAAUUGUGUGAUUUUGGAAGUGCUACCACUAAAACUCACAGUCCUGAUGUGUCGUGGUCUGCUAUACAGCGAAGUUUGGUUGAAGAUGAGAUUGCCAAGAACACCACCCCCAUGUAUAGGGCACCAGAAAUGUUAGAUCUUUAUCAGAAUUUUCCAAUUAAUGAAGCUGGUGAUAUAUGGGCUCUUGGUUGCUUUCUCUUCCAGUUGUGUUUUAAUGAACACCCAUUUGAAGAUUCUGCUAAGUUACGAAUACUCAAUGCUAAUUAUUCAAUUCCUGAAACUGAUAAUACCUUCACUGUCUUUCAUGACUUGAUACGUUCCAUGCUUCAAAUUGAUCCUCGCCAUCGUCCCAAUAUAAAUGAACUUAUUGAUAGAUUACAACAAAUUGCAGUCGCUUGUAAUGUAGAUUUAAAAACUGGGCUUGGAUUUUCUAAUGGCGUGAGUCCUCAAGCUACAUCCCCAUCAACUCCUGAACAUCAGUCAGUAAACACCACUCCCCCUCCACGGCCACCUCCACCUCAAGUUCCAUCAGCACCUGCUUGUCAUUACAACCACCCUUCCGAAAUGACCCAGGGAUAUCCUACGUCUGGGGCCAGUCAGCUCUUCAGCUCCCUUAAAGGAGCUGGAGGAAGUCUUUUCAAAAAUAUCAAAGAUGCCUCAUCAAAAGUUAUGGAGACUGUUUCUGCAAAAAUGUUGGAAGUUUCUAAUAAUAAGACUAUGAACAAAAAUGAAUUGGAUGUCAGUUAUAUUACAUCAAGAGUGCUUGUGAUGUCUUUCCCUGCUGAGGGAGUUGAAUCUGCUUUCCGAAACCACAUUGAUGAUGUCCGUUACUUUCUUGAAUCCAAACACCGGGGUUAUUAUGCAGUUUUUAAUCUCUCUCAGCGCUGUUACCGUGCAGUCAAAUUUGAAAACAGGGUCUCCGAAUUGGGCUGGCCUACAAAGAGAGCUCCCACUUUGGCAAGCCUUUUUGAAACCUGCAAGAGUCUUUAUAAUUGGUUGCGUCAAAACCCUAAAAAUAUGUGUGUUAUACAUUGUUUGGAUGGUAAAUCUGUAUCAGCUACUGCAGUUUGUGCUUUCCUUGUGUUUUGCAAUCUUUGUAAAUCUGUCCAAGAUGCUUCUUGUUUGUUCACGGCAAAACGAGGCUCUCCAAAUCUGACUGCGUCCCAGCAAAGAUAUGUACAAUAUGUAGCUGAUAUUGUCAGUGAUACACCUGUGAUUCCUCAUAAUAAGCCUGUCCUACUGGUCUCUUUAACAAUGUCCCCAAUUCCUCUAUUCAAUAAGAUAAAGACUGGAUGUCGCCCAUUUGCUGAAGUCUUCUUGGGAGAAGAUAGAAUCCUGACUACAUCUCAAGAAUAUGAAAGAAUGAGAGGAUUUUCAAUUGAAGAAUACAAAGCAACAAUCCCACUGAAUAUAUCUGCUGUUGGAGAUGUCACCAUUAUAGUUUAUCAUGCUAGAUCAACGUUUGGUGGAAAAGUUCAGGGAAAGAUCACAUCCAUGAAAAUGUUUCAACUUCAGUUCCACACUGGAAUGAUUAAACCUGAUACAGAAAACGUUAAAUAUCUGUUCACUGAUUUGGACUGCAUUGAUGCCCCAGAAAAAUUACCAGAAUUAUUCAAAGUUAGUCUUGAAGUGAAAGUCAGUUCAAAUGAAAGACCAAAAGAUGACCAAGUUCUACCCUGGGAAAACUUUGAUGCUAUGUCUAUCAACUCUAAAAUGUUAUUUUCCUCUAAAGAAGAAAUGGAUAAGGUCACUGCUGAAGUGGCUAUUUGUGAACAGAGACAAUCACUUCAGCGAAACUCUAGUCACGGUUCAUCUGACACUCCAAAUGAGAGCCCAAGUAAAUCUUCAGUUGGACGAGGGUCACCUCAAUUGGCUGGCAGCCCCAGGACAAAGCCCAAAAGGCCUGAAACUUGUCCAAAAACAGUUGGCAAAAGCCAGUUCUUUGACAACCUUGACUGGCAAAAGGAUGGGCGUGCCUCACCCAGUGGUCAGUCAAGACCACCAGAAGAAUCAACUGAAAGUCUUCUUGACAAUGUAGAAACCACAGAGGAUGAUUUUUCUGCCUUGUCAAAUACACGGGUCAACAUUCCACGUGGGCCAAGCCCUACACCCUUCCAGCAACAAGGGUCACCUCAACAUAAACCAACACUACCUACAGACAAGGAGGACAGUCAAGCUGGUUUUCAGACCACAUUUAUUGCCCCUCCCAAAGAGCAAACAGCUGAUCUGCUAAAUAUAGGUGGAGAACCAAUAAACAGUUCGGGUGACAGUAGUCAAAAUCUGGCCAGUCACAUGAAUCUUUUAGAUAUGGGUGAAUCUGCACCAGUCAGUAAUUUUGACCUCUUGAUGGGUGGGUCAGACUGGAAGGGUGAUCAAACUUCUGUUUCAUCACAGGGAUCCCAGUUGGGUGACACAUUUGACCCUUUCCAGCAGGCUACAACACCGACUUAUCCCCAGCCCCAAGCAUCGCCACAAAAGAAACCAGAGAUCCGGGAGCCACAAAUGAAUUUUGGUAAUUUUGAUCCAUUCCAAUCAUCUUCAAAUACUCAGAAUGAAUUCUUUAAUCUAAUGAAUGGUAAAAAAUCAAGUUCUGCCCAUAUACAACCAUCUCCAAGUGCAGGAAUUGAUCUGAUGGGCUCUUGGGCUGAUAAUAGCACAAGCAGCGGCCUCAUGGGCUCCAACCUGAGUGGGUCCACCAGCAACCUUUUCCCUGGUAGUUUACCGAAAAAGAAUCCAAGCUUUCCAUCAGGACUCAAUCUACCCAAUAUUUCUGCCCCUGGAGGUGCAGGAGGCCUUGGAGGACAAAGUCUAGGUUCCAUGAAUAUGGGGAGCACUGGCCUUCCAAGAACAGCUUCAGCAGCAGCAGCUAUGAAUAUCCUGGGUGAGGGACCAACACCAGCAAAAAGUGCUCAGAAUCUAAAAUCUCCAGAUCCAUUUGCUGACUUGGGUAACUUGUCUUCAAUGAAGUCUCCUGGCAGCACAAGUAGUCUUGGGACACCAUCUCCAGCAGCACCCACAUGGCAGCAGCCUAGCCCGCAACAACCUAAAGCUCCAUUCAGUGGAUUGUACCCAGGAGCUGGUGGUACUGCAACAGCUAGUAGCGGCUGGCAACAACCACAGGCUCCCACUACAGCCCAGGCUCCACCAUCACCCAAGAAACAAGUCCCACCCCAACAGACAGCUCCACCCCAACAGAAAUCUGCUUUUGGAGGGGCCAGUGUGAUUGGUAAUCGAGAAGAUCGAGGAACUCGAAAACCAUUUGGACCAAAACCCAAAGUUGAUUCUGAUGCCUUUGGUGACUUGCUUGGAGAUUUUUCUUCCAAGAAAGCAAAUGAACCUCGCACAAUUGGUGAAAUGAGGAAGGAGAUAUUAGCAAAAGAAAUGGAUCCUGACAAACUAAAGAUAAUGGAAUGGACAAAAGGAAAAGAACGAAAUAUCCGUGCCCUGCUUUGUUCUCUGCACACAGUUUUGUGGGAAGAAGAGACACGAUGGAAAGAAUGUGGAAUGCAUGAAUUGGUCUCAGCUGACCAAGUGAAAAAAGUCUACAGAAAAGCGGUUCUGUCUGUGCAUCCUGACAAGCUACAAGGAACACCACAUGAAGCCCUGGCGAAAAUGAUUUUCAUGGAGUUGAAUGAUGCCUGGGCCGAAUUUGAAGAAAAAGGAAUGCAAUCACUUUGUUGA